AUGAUGCCUCUCGCUGGACGAAACGAUGUAUCAAACCAAACCUUGGCAGGGUAUCCGCCAACCGGCUUCAUCGCAGAGACCUGGCCCAUUGAGGGAGCUGGAAAGAUUGCCCGAACCCAAUGGAACUUCCAGCUCAUGAUAGGUCUCUCGCAUGAAAACCGAAAGACAGAAUACAGAAUGGUCGAGAGUGGAAAGUUGUCGGUCCUGAAUUCCCUCGACCCGGCCACAUUGAUCAUCAGCGUCUUCCCAGCCUCCCCAAUUUUGAAGGCAGGGCAUUUCCUCUGGUGGAGGUGGGAUGUGAAAUGA